AUGGGUGAGUCGGGAAAGGUGCCCCCGGACGCCCCUGCUUCUUGGCUCCAGAGUCUGUCUCCAUACAGAAUUACCUUCACGCGCUCCGGGCCUUCAAGGAGUCAGGAGGGAGGGGGAGGGGAAGGGGAAGGGGGAGGGGCAGGCAGGGAGGGCCUCGCAGAGAAGGGGCCAGCAAUCCGGCGGAGGGGAGGCACGCCGGGUUCAGGUCUGCGGCCGGCCGUCGGCUCUGUGGGCACCUCUGUGGGCAGCGGCAAGCAGGAGGAGGGUGCCGAUGAACCAGGCUCUGGGGCUCAGCGGUCCCCUCCCCCCACCAGCCAGAAGGAAGCCCAGGCCAUCGACCAGGAACUCUUCGAGGAGUACAAGUUCAGCGUGGACCAGCUGAUGGAGCUGGCGGGGCUCAGCUGCGCCACGGCCAUUGCCAAGGCGUACCCAAGCAGCAGCUUCACCAUCAGCCAGCCAGCGGUCCUGAUUGUGUGCGGCCCUGGGAACAACGGCGGAGAUGGACUAGUUUGUGCCCGUCAUCUGAAAAUGUUUGGCUACGAGCCAACCCUGUAUUAUCCCAAACGCCCCAAUAAGCCGCUUUUUGAAGGUUUAACUACCCAGUGCAAGAAGAUGGACAUCCCGUUCCUUGUGGAGUUUCCAUCCGAAGCUGCCCUCAUCGACGCAGUCUACGGCCUGGUGGUGGAUGCCAUUUUUGGAUUCAGCUUCCAGGGAGCUGUGAGGGAGCCAUUCGCUGCAAUCCUGGGCACUUUGGAGAAGGUCACCAUCCCAGUUGUCAGCAUCGAUAUUCCUUCUGGCUGGGAUGUGGAGAAGGGGAACCCUGACGGGCUGCAGCCGGACAUGCUGAUCUCGCUCACUGCGCCGAAGAAGGCAGCCCGGCAGUUCCAGGGGCGCUACCAUUUCCUCGGGGGCAGGUUUGUGCCCGAGGCCCUGCAGAAGAAGUACGCGCUCAACCUGCCGGCGUACCCAGAGACGGACUGCGUCCUGCGCCUCUCCUAGGACCAGGCCCAGCCCAGCGGGGUGCAGCAGGCUCGGGGGAGACUCUGAGGCCCACCUGCUGGAGGUGAAGUUGGGGGGGGGCUGGUGCAGCCCAGAGGUCCUGUGGGGCCACAUUCCAAUGCCCCCCAGGAGGACAGCGCAGAUCUUGCUCUCAGGGCCAGUGAGAGGGCUUGCUUAAUUUGAUUGCAUUUCAAAUCCAUGCAAGCAAGAAGCUCUUGUUAGUCUCUAAAAGAGCUUAUACAAAUUGGGUGUUUGCUUUCCUUGAAUAAAGAUGUGCUGGGGGGAGAGCUUGCUCCAUCAUUUACAAAAUCAA